AAUGCCUUGGUUUUUGUGAAACAAAACAAAACAGAGACUAAAGAAAAGAAAGAAGGAAAAAAAGUCAAUGGCCGGGGUUCAGUGCUGCUCUAAUCCACCAACUCUGGAUCCAAACAGCGGAUUAGGCUACCUUGAGGAACUGGGUGGCCUCAAAACCUACAUCUCUGGCUCUUCCUCUGACUCCAAAUCUGCCGUUCUCCUCAUCUCUGACGUUUUCGGAUAUGAAGCCCCAAACAUAAGGUUGAUUGCGGACAAGGCUGCAGCUGCUGGAUUCUACGCUGUGGUUCCUGAUUUCUUCAAUGGCGACCCCUACAAUAUUGAUGGCGAUAGUAGGCCCGUACUAGAAUGGUUAAAAGAUCAUGGAACGGACAAGGGGCUUGAGGAUGCAAAACCAGUAGUUGAAGCUCUCAAGUCCAAAGGUUUUUCUGCAAUUGGGGCAGUUGGCUUCUGCUGGGGUGGCAAGGUUGUGACUGAACUUGCAAAGUCAAAAUCUAUUGAAGCUGCUGUGCUGCUACAUCCUUCUCUUGUCACUUUGGAUGAUAUAAAGGAGGUUAAUAUUCCCAUUGAGAUACUGGCAGCUGAGAUUGAUAGUAUUACACCACCGGCUCUCGUGGAACAAUACAAGGAGAUCUUAGCUACUAAAGUACCUCAUGUUGACAGCUAUGUGGAGAUAAUCCCAAAGGUUGAACAUGGGUGGACAGUGAGGUACAACGUGGAUGAUGAAUCAGCCUCAAAAUCUGCAAAUGAGGCCCAUAACAAGAUGUUGGAGUGGUUCUCUAAGUAUCUUAAUUGAUCGAUUUUAAGUUUUCUUUCUUCUAAUAAUAAAAGCCAUGUAAAAUUGGUGUGAAACUUCUUCUCUUUCAUGUAUGGUUCAAAAUAUUCCCAUGUCUUUACGUUGAA